GCUAAGAAAUUCAGGAUAUUUUGACACGACUGUGUUUAUCCUGCUCUCGUUGACUGGGUUGUGAGCUUUAUUUAAGACAGUGGUUUAAAAUGUGAAUGGAUAAUAGAGUGAGGAAUAUUUGUUUUGUAUGAAAAACUGUGACGACUGUCUACGGACUUAGUGAAGGCACGACAUUGGAAGCACACACUUAUGGUCUAUAUUUUUGUAUGCUUUGUAUCCAAUACAAGGUGUUUCAUCAGUACCAAAGCUUUUCCUCAUCUUAUGGACUACUACAGCUUCCCAAUAUCAGAGUGAUAAAGAAAUUCCAAUUGUCAUUCAAGUUUCAGAAUCUGGCCUGUUUCUAUAAAAGCAGUGUGUGAUGCUCCGCUGGAUUCUCGGUACUCGCGGCUCACAUGGCUCGGCUGAGAAUCGCUAUGCUGCCCUUUGUAUUGGAGAGGAACAGCCCAAAAACUGUUACACUGAGCUGCAGGUGCUCAGAGGCCAUUUUGACAUUGUUAGAUUUCUGGUGCAGAUUGAUGACUUCAGAUUUGUAUCAGCAGGGGAUGACGGGAUGGUGCUUGUCUGGAAUGUUGAGACUGGAGAGCGGCUGCUAGAAUUACGAGCUCAUACUCAACAGAUCACGGCUUUGACGGUGUACACAUGUACCAACACAGAAAAACCCCUCACAGCCCUUAUAACAGCUUCAUCAGACCGCAUGAUGUGUCUAUGGGAUGCGGACACAGGACACCGAAUACGCACCGUGUCCAAUCUACCAUCUUCUGUUAAGAGUAUUCUGGUGUUGGAUCAUCUGGACCUGUUCCUCUCUGGAGGUAAUGAGCUGUGUGUAUGGAAUAAAGAAUUUCAGCUACAGUGUAAGACAGACUAUUACAGAGACUCAGGCAUAACUGCAUUAAUGGAUUUGCCCAAAUGCUAUGUUGCUGCUGCCGUUGACAAAGAGAUUGUCAUUUUUAAGCUGAAUCUGUCUGAAGCCGAAAUGUCGAUCUUGGCUGUCCGUCAUCUGACUGAUCACCAAGACACAAUCCGGACACUUAUCAGAGUCAAUGAUGAUAUGUUUGCUAGUGGCUCUCACAUCGGAGAAGUCAUCCUCUGGGAUACCCUUGACUGGACAAUCCAGGCUUAUGAGCGUAUUUUAUGGGAGGAACCAGAUCGUGAGGUUCAAACAGAAAUCAAAAUGGGGCAGCAGAAACAGAGCGAAGCAUCUAUUCAGCACCUGCACUCAGAUGGAGAGCGAGUAGUUGCAGCAGUGGGCAGUGGGCUGUUUGUGUAUAACACAAGGACCAAGACAGUGGUGGCAUAUAGGAAGUUUGCCCAUGACUCUGAUGUUCUAUAUACUACGCUGCUGCACAAUGGACAGGUGAUGUCGUGUUCUGAAGAUGGGAGUGUCAGGAUCUGGGAGUUGCUGGAGCUCCCCCUACCUGCAGAGCCUGCCUCCUCUGGCUUUUUUGGCUUGUUUAGCACCAUUGGAAGAUCCGGUAAACAGGGUAGUGUGCCAUCUAAGAAGCUUCUGGAAGUUUCUGGUCUGUGCUCACUAGAGUUGGUUGGUGACCUGAUUGGACACUCUGGAGCUGUGCAGAUGUUUCUGAGUUUUGGUAGGAGAGGUGUGGUCACUUGCUCAGCCGAUCAUCUGCUCAUCGUGUGGAAAGAUGGAGAAAGAGAGUCGCAUCUGCGCAGUCUCGCUCUGUUCCUGAAGAUGGAGGAGAAGGGCUGCCUCUGAACCUUCUCAUUCUCCCUCUCACCU